AUGGUGUACAUCAAGAACUGGACAGACUUCGAGUCGGCCACCACCGACCUCUAUGCCAGGUCGCCCGACAAGGUGCGAUACUGCGUCAAGUUUCAGCCCAAAACAGGACACCUUGUCCUCAAAAUAACAGAUGAUCUCAAGUGUCUCAAAUACAAGACCUUUUCUUCUAUAAUCCUCAACCGCUUCGAUUCCCUCAACCUCCGCCUUCUCACAUCCAUGUCCAAUACCCGCGCCCGGCCAAAGCUGCUGUCGAGGACAUCGGCCACCGAGACGCCCGAGAGAGGAGGCACUCCCGCGCCUGCUGCUGCUGGGGCGGACGAGCAGUCUCAAGCGGGACAGACCCAGUCAAACGCUACAGCAGGGGGACAGGCUCAGGGACAGGGAGCGUCAAAUAGUGGAAGGAACAAGAAGAAGAAGAAGAAGGGAAAGAAGUAG